UUUCAUUAACAAAAUUCGUAAUUUCGUACAGAUAUAUGGCUGCAGCGAAAUCCAUCAUCUUCCUUGCCUUCCCCUUGUUUUUUUGCACCUCCUCCGUCCUCUUCCUCCGCUGCAAUGCAGUCACCGAGACCAUGAUAAACGACAUCUGCAAGCAAACUGAGGACCCUGGUUUUUGCGUUAAUAUCUUGCGCAGCGACCCGCGCACCGAUGGAGCCCGCGAUAUGCAUGGUCUUGCCUUGAUCUCUAUUUCCCUGACUUCCAUUCUAGUUCAAGAAACUGUCGAUAAGAUUCCCGACAUUCUUAAAGGCAUCAACGAUACGGUCGGAGAGCAGCGGAUGUCGGUAUGCAACUCGGAUUACGUAGGCGCCUUAGCGAAGUUCAGAGACGCUUUCAGUUCUACGGACAAGCGCUCGUAUGGGGACAGCAUAAACUCUAUUAGAGACGGAACGAAUUUAGUUAUUGACUGCCAAAAUAUCUACCGGAGGAAUGAUCCCAUUGCUGAGUCGCCUUUGGCCGCUGAAAAUAUGAAAGUCUUUAAGUUAUCGGGAAUUAUGUUGACCAUUAUUUCCAGCCUUGGCUAAAUUAGUCUCCGGCCGGCGUUAUAUAAAAGUGAUGUGUGGAGUGCAUAUUUUAUAACAGUUAGUGAGAGCCUGAUUUAUAGUGAUCUUCAGCUCAUCAAUGAUAAUAAAAAUAUAUAGUCUAU